AUGGCAGAUUUCGAAGACGCUCCUCUCUCUCCUGAGGAUGAAGAACAGCUCUGGACUGAACUUGGAAAAUGCGUCUCGAGCAAGUGCGAAAGCCACGAAACGAUCGACGAUGCCCUGCGCACCUGGGUAGAACUGACCACCCGCCUCCGCGACCACUUCUGCGAGUCCCAGGAUGAAAUCAUCACCUGUGCCCAGAUGCUCCUCGCCAGCGACCUGUUCCAGGCCAACAAGGAAUACGUCCGCAACCAGAUCAUCUACAGCCUCCUCCAGGAGGACGAGAUCGGACCGCUCCACGCCAUCGCCUGUUUCCUCCUGCUCGAUGGUUGCCAGGACGAGACCAUGUUUCCCCGCAUGGUGGGCGAGUCCUGCUUCCCCCGCCUCCUUGAGCUCAUCAAUGGCCGUCGAGACGCAGAUCCGCGUUUGCAUCGACUUUUGCUGCAGCUCAUGUACGAGAUGUCGCGUAUGGAGCGGCUUCGAGUCGAUGAUUUACAGGUGGUCGACGAUAGCUUUGUCCACUACUUGUUCCGCUUGAUUGAGGAGGUGUCUGACGAUGUUCAUGACCCCUACCACUAUCCUACGAUAAGAGUUUUGUAUAUGCUCGCGUCGACCGAUGCCGCCAACGAUCCGUCCUCACCCUUGACCAACCGAAUUGUCAAAUGCCUGAGUCUACAUGGACCGUUUUUCAGGACUUUUGGAGAGAAUAUUAUCCUGCUUCUAAACCGUGAAACGGAGACUUCGUUACAGUUGCUUAUCUUGAAGCUGCUGUAUCUCCUGUUCACAAACAAGGCGACAUACGAAUACUUUUACACAAACGACCUGAGGGUGCUCCUCGACGUCAUCAUUCGGAACCUCAUGGACCUUCCGGACGAGAAGAUGUCUUUGAGGCAUACCUACCUACGAGUCUUGUAUCCGUUGUUGGCGCACACCCAACUGAGCCAGCCGCCACACUACAAACAGGACGAGAUCCUUCGGGUGUUAAACAUCCUUCGAGGCUCGCAUAAUGUGCAUUUUGCGCCAGCUGACGAGACUACAUUGCGCCUGGUCGAUCGUGUUUCAAAGGUCAAAUGGAUUGAAGAGGUGGAAUCGCCCACACAAGGGUCCGGUGAGGCAGAGGUGGCUCGCAGGUUUUUGGGCAUCAGCUUGUCGCGCUCCGACACCGCGAGUAGUAUCAGCGUAAGCGACGUGGCAGCAGUUAAGGAGAAGCCUGGUGUGCAGACGCCGAGCCGUGCGGGCGAAGAAGCAGACGCCGACGGCUCAGAGGAGGGCGUCACGAUGGCAUCCAGGCCCAAGAAGCCUCUACCAGCAGUACCAAAGCAUCGACAUGGAGUCCCGUUUGCACAAAAGUUUGUCAACGGGGGCCAGAAGAAGACUCCUCCUAAAGCGCCGCCUCCGAGACGACGAGGGAAGAUGAAGACGGUUGAAAACCCUCCCGCAGAGCCGGCCAAAGAGGCCGUUCCAGAGUAG